UUACAUAAUACAUGGAUUUUAUGUUUGUUUCAGGAGUGCAGUAAAAAGCAGAAAAAUGAUGAUACACAGAGUACGUCUGUUGAUGAACUGAGCUCAAGUGAUGGUUUUGAAGAGAAAAAUGAGUUUCCUACAUUGGCUAAUGCUAAAAUACUCCUUAGUGACUGCCUAGCAUGUGACAGUUGCAUGACAUCGGAGGAAGGAGCCAGAGUUUUCCAGCAGAAUCAGAAGGAGCUCUUUCGUAUUCUUAACCUUAAUAAGAAAUGUGAUACCUCAAAACACAAAGUGUUGGCAGUGUCUAUAUGCCCUCAGUCAUUGCCUUAUUUUGCUGCUAAGUUCAAUCUCUCUGUGAAUGAUGCAGCCAAGAGACUCUGUGGUUUCCUCAAAAGUCUCGGGGUGCAUUAUGUAUUUGACACCACUAUAGCUGCCGAUUUCAGUAUCCUGGAGAGCCAGAGGGAGUUUGUGCAGCGGUAUCAACGGGGGAACCAGGAGGAGCAUGCCUUACCAAUGUUUGCCUCUGCUUGCCCUGGUUGGAUCCGGUAUGCUGAAAGGGUACUUACCAACCUUGUGACCUCUCACAUUUGCACUGCAAAGUCUCCACAGCAGAUCAUGGGCUCCCUGGUGAAGGGCUACUUUGCCAGGCAGCAGAACUUGUCUCCUGAUAAAAUUUUCCAUAUAAUUGUGGCGCCUUGUUACGACAAAAAACUGGAAGCCUUGCGGGAAGAUUUCUACACUGCCUUGUAUAAUUCACAAGAAGUUGAUUGUGUCCUGACAUCAGGUGAAAUUGUCCAAAUAAUGGAACAGAAAAAUGUGUCUAUGAAAGAUGUGACCGAAGUAUCUGUAGAUAGUUUGUUUGGUGAAAUGAAGGAAGAAGAUGUAGUGAGGCAUGAUGGGAAGAGAUCUGAUGGUUACCUGGAGCACAUUUUUAAAUAUGCUGCAAAGGAGCUUUUUGGCAUGGAGGUCAAGGAAAUCACCUACAAAGCAUUAAAGAACAAGGACUUCCAAGAAGUUACCCUUGAAAAGGAUGGUGAGACAGUGCUGCGUUUCGCAGCAGCUUAUGGCUUUAGAAAUAUCCAAAACAUGGUUCUGAAGAUGAAAAAGGGGAAGUUUUUGUACCAUUUUGUGGAAGUCCUUGCCUGCCCGGGAGGGUGCCUAAAUGGAAAAGGCCAGGCACAAACUGAAGAUGGAAAACCAGAUAAAGAAGUGUAUGCUGCAAUACCUGUCAGACUUCCAGAAACCAACGUGCACGUACAAAAGAUGUACCAGGACUGGCUGGAAGGCAUGGAUUCUAAAAAGGUCCAGGAGACUUUGCACACCACAUACAGUGCAGUCAAUCAAACAGCAAGCAGUUUGGAUAUCAAAUGGUAAUAAAUCCAACUUGUAAAAGAUUUGCUUAGGUUAGUUACAGAUUCAGCACUGGAAACAUUCUAUG